AUUUAGGAAAACAAGUAACACUCGCAAGGACUUCGUUCACCCCUUCCUAGAGUGCAUAGUGCUUUCCUUCAUUUUCUGUGAAUAUUGUCAUUUUACCGUUCAACAAUUCACUGAAAAAGUAGAGACCAGCUAAGAGUAAACCAGUAAACCACUGCAACAUUCGAUUGGUGUUUAAUCGGCGUAGUAAUGCUAUACAUCAAUUUUAAGAGGGAUUAAGGAACAAGUAGCAUUUACUUUUAUAAAGUAUCGCAUUUUCCCAGCGGGAUUUACUAGGAUCAGGAAUAAGGUUAAAUAAUGAGACAACCCAUGUCUUGUACGCAUGAUACAUAAAUGAAGUCCAAGCUUCGUAAGAAGUGUACCACCCAAUUGAAUUCCUGGAGAAAGAUUUGAAUGUAACGUAUACAUGAAGUCAAGACAAAACCAAAUGUAUUCAUAGUUGUAGCUGCCCCUUAUAUCCAAAUUGCGUUAUACAUAUAUUAUCUUAUUAGCCUAGUAUGUUAUACGGAUAAGUUUCUAAUAGAUAAGUUGAAAUAAACAACUUAAUGUAAUCAGUUGACAACUUCGAUUCAUGACGAUGAUCUACGAGAUUACGCGGAGUACAGCUGUUAAACUUCCUACUUAUGAUACUUGCUGGUUGAAUACAAGCUGAAGUCUAUCCUAUAGCGCUCUAAAUCUGUAAGAAUAGGAUAAUCCUACUUUAGCUGUUGGAAUAUUUUCCUUGCUGAUAUUGAUUGGUGAAGAAAGCAGCUUGAAAUUAGUGUACAUGAAUGUUUGAUUUAAGACUCCAAUCCCGAUUGCGUUCGGUAUAUACAUAUAUAUCUAUACCGAAUUCACUGUAAACCUAUUUCUUUAAAUGAACAUAGGCAAAAUAUUUCUAUUCGGCAUAAGGAAAAUAUUAAUGAAGCAUUAUGCUCAAUUCCUUAGCCUCUCGAAAACUGUUUGUGUGUGUCUGGUGUAAUUACACACUUUGUUAUGAGUAGUGGUUUGGAAGUAUCAUAUGAUAUUUACCCCGAAUUUUUUCAGGAAAACGAUGGAGGUUGAGUCUUAUGUUAGAAUCUUUGCGUACUGUUCUAAAUACGAUUCGGGAUUUUAGGAGCUAAAAUGCAGUACGUCUGUGCUACCGUCAGUUGUUAUGCGUGUUUAAAUCUGCUAUAUACAGGACUACACGUAUAUAGCAGAAGCACUACAUGGGACAAUAAAGUUACAGACAAAUAUCUUGCUACAAAGACAAAUAUCUUGUUGACGGUACGCAGGCUCGAUGGUCCAUCUUAUGGUAUGAAAUUCUGGUCACGAAAGAGUUUAUUUAACUGAAACACCAUUCGUAAUUUUACGCGCUAAUCUAGUUUUCCAAAAGAGUGUCAUGAAGAUUCAUUUUAUUAGUAUCAGCUGGAAAGGUAGCUUCGGAGUGACAAAUGUUUGGCCUGUUUGCAUUAUAUGUGUGGAUAUAUAUAUAUCCAUGGAAAGCGGUAAGGGUAAAGAGUAAGUAAUUAUACAAUUCUAUACAUACUGUAAACUUCCUACUAAGUAGCAACGUACAGUGAGAAAGCGUUUUUAGCAAGCACCGGUUUUGUCUGGAUCAUUAUUAAUAGAUACUUCAAUAACGUUUUAUUGUAAUCAGCUUCCCCUCCCCAGCGAAGUUCUGUUGAUUUUUAGAUGCUGUUCUCCAAUUUGGAUAUACAUGACCAGAUGAGAUCUCCAAGAUUACCAUUGUCUUUUUAAAUCUAACUAGAGGUGCCGUUGCUCGUUGAUUUAGGGCACGGUAUUGACAUAUAAUUCGUAUGCUGUGUGCUGAGUUGGAACUUUCUUAUAUAUUUUCUUUCUAUAUAUAGAGUUUCUUAUAUAUUGUCUUGAAAUUAGUGCAAUUCCCGCCGUAGUCUUUUUCUUGCAGGAGAAUUCGCCUAACGAUUAAGUUGAAGGCUUUAAUCAUUCAAAAUUUGUUUAACCUUUGGGGCGCGUGUGAUGCCUUGUAAAGGUUGUUUACUGUAGUCAGUUAUAAAAGCACCGUCGUGGAACAUUUAGUAAUUUUAUAUCUCGAGUUUACAUAGAUCUAAUAAUUGAAAAUGCUUAAUACGCAAUAUACGCUUUUUUUUAGAUUAUGCUAAUGUACAAUAUAUUCCCGUUUUCUAAAGGAAAAUCUCUAAUGGUUGCAAAGCAAGUUUGUACAUUCUACUUAAUCACUUCAUUCUGUAGAGCUUGUAAUUUACACAUCAUUUUCAUUCGUUAAUGGCUAUCAACCGAUGGCAAAGCAGUGAUAAUAAACGCGUGAAGGCCACGCGACCACUGACACAGUUAGUAUCGCCGGGGAUGAAGACACAGUUUAAAAUAAUCUUAACUUGUGUAGCGUGAGCCAAGAACAGCACCUGUGUCUAAAGUGCGAUUCCUUAAUAUCACAGUAUUUUUGGUUUGCAUAGGACCAGCCAUUGGGGAUAAUAUAGUAUGAGCGGAUCGGAACUGUGAUUUUUAGAUAGCUUUAGCAUUUGUGUUUUAGGAAAGAAGCGCGUUUUAUACUUAGAGCACUCUUUGGAAUGUUAUCAUUUGCGCGUCUGAACGAAAAAAAAAUAUAUAUACGACAAUACGAAUAAACUUGAUGUGUCUUUGGGGAUGUCAUAGUAAUUAUUGUAAAAGUAUUAUGCUGGAAAGUUUCAAGAUGUUUCCUGCAAAGAAGUCUCUAACUUUAUUUCUGUUUACGUCGCGCCUUCAAAUGCUAGUAGAGAGACUUUUCUGUUCUCAUUUAUUAUGAUUAUUAUUACAUUUCCUGUACUACUACUAUUACAUCUUCACAUGGUAUAAUUUAUUCAUUUUCACAAACUCGUAGAACUUAACCAAAGAUAAGCUGAUGAUUAUAAAACCUUUGUUUUUCCAAAUUCAACAACUGAGAGAACUAAACUCUGGUUGGAAAAAGUAUUAGGUGUACCUACAUCAAUAUAUUUAAGCACAAUAGCAGGUUAAAUGACCAAAGCAGAAAGUGACAUUCUAGCUAUCGGUUAGCAGUGCAAGCUUCAAAAUGGUAAAAAAGAGCCAGAAUAUUAUUAACUUUAAUCCGUAUAUCUGGUUCGCUUGAUCUGAGAGUGACAAAAGAACAAUUUAAUGAGCGAGUAAACUGUGUAAAUAUUCAGCUACUAAGAAGCCCACAGAUCGUAGGGUUGAAUUGUUUUAGAAGAGAAAUACAUAACUGUAAAUUGCGCUAUGAAACAUUUUUUUCCUAUCUAGUUUAAAAGCUAAUAAAGUCUGCAAAGGCGUGAAUGUAUGAAGAAAUGCAAGAGCAACCCUUCGAAAAUAAGGGCAGUUUAAUGCCAAUAUAUAGAUUUGCAUAUGCAGACAGUAGCAUUGCUGUAGUUUUUUCCUCGGUUAACUGUAGCUUAAAGUGAUUUACACGGUGUCGAGGCGUUUUUAUCAAGAAAUUUACAGCGGGACUUGGCUAACGCAUCCUAUCGUAAAGCGAACAAAUUUCGUCUAGUGUACCUUUUUAUGAAAGCUUUGCUUUAAAUCAGUGACCGUAAAAAAGUGUGACGUGACUGUACGCAUACACAAAUAUAAUAAAUUUACCGUAGCAGCAAUGUCAUUGUUGUAUCGAAUGAGCGUCGGAUAAGAUAGCUUUUAGUAUUUUACUUAUAAUUUGUUGAAGGGCAUACAGUUCUGCAGCCCUCUCUAUGGCAGAAGUGACACUAUCUGCAUUUUCGGAUACGUAUACCCUGCAUGGCUAUUGCACCCCCACUGUGUCGGUGAUUCGAGUGAGUCAGAUAAUGAUUCUAACUGUGGUUUAUGACGUUACUCAUUAGAACCUUGUACUUGGUUCAAAGUCCUACAUUCAUGUAAGUGGCAGCUAUCCUACCACUGUUUUAUAAGAGAUGCCUUUAAUAACACACUGCUAUGCAGUAAAGUUAUACCUUUAAUCCUAUACAAUAACUAACUAAGGUCAUUCCCAUAUCUGGCAAAUCAUAAUUUUGGCCUACAUUUCUUCGGACGAGUGUUUUGUAUGCUUAAAUUUCAAAAAGAUUGCUUGAGUACGGGUUCAUGUAAAAUGGCGAUGUAGAAAUUGCCCGUUGAUCACAUGUGCGCUAGGAUAACGGGCUCGUCAAGAAGAUUUCGAGGUACUCAUUGAAAAUUUGUGAUGAAUGCGACUCUGAUAUAUCAGGCGUAUCAAACGAGUCACAGAUUCCGAACAAUGGACAAGCUAUACGUGCUAUUGCUUCUUCUAUGGAGGGACAGGCAGCAGACAGAAAUGAUGCCAUAAAAUUUGGCACCUCGUUUGGCUUUCGCUCGUCGGCAUCGUUGGAUACCCUGGUCAAGGCGAAGGAGGAGGUGACCUUACUGUUUAAGGCAGCCGCGCGUCACAGUGAAAAGGUAAGUCGUAUUCUUACCAAAGUCGCUGAUGAUACUUAUUAUAUGGGGCAUACCAAACGAGGCGUGUGCGUGAUUGUAAACCAGAAAACGUUUUCGGCUCACACCGGGCUCAACGAACGCCGCGGAACGGACGUGGACGCUGAUCAUUUGUUCCAAACCUUUGAGGGAUUAUCAUUUGAAGUCCACCGACACGACAAUCUCAAAGAGAAGGAAUUGCACAAAGUACUAAAGUACUGGCAAGAUUAUGACCAUUCCGACUGUGAUGCAUUUGUUUUCUGUCUUUUGUCACACGGAGAACGCGACUUAGUAUAUCACACUGAGGGCAAAAUGCCAACUGACCACUUAUUUGCCCCGUUUGCCGGUGACCAAUGCGCUACACUUGUAGGAAAACCAAAGCUAUUUUUUAUUCAGGCCUGUAGGGGAGACUGGCUGGAUAAAGGGGCUCUGGCUACCGAUCAAACCGAUUCGACCGGUGGUGAUGUAUACCGUCUUCCAGCUCAUGCGGAUUUCCUCAUCUGUUAUUCGACUGUUGCAGGAUACUAUUCCUGGAGGAAUACAUGCCAUGGUUCUUGGUUCGUUCAGGCGCUUUGUGAUGUCCUAAAACGGAAGGAUCUCCUUAGAGAGCACGACAUUCUAUCAUUGAUGACUCUUGUUAAUAAGAACGUCGCACUUAACUUUGAAUCUUCUGUGCCUGGCAACACAGAUAUGGACCAGAGGAAACAGGCGUCAGAAGGCUUACGGAAAAAUGUGCUGAAACAGCUGAAUAUCCAGCAGAAGGCCACUCGUGAAGAACUCUGUUAGGAAAACCUUCUGACGCUUUCGAAGAGCCAAAUCUGCGAUCAGACGUGGGUGUAUGGCUACGACGAGGAGGCCAAGGCCCAAUUUUCCGAUAAUAGGCUCAAAAACGAGCCUCAACAGAAGCAAGUCGCACAGUCCAGGUACCUUGCAUGACGUUUACCCUGACACGUAAACUCCUGCUUACGCCCAAGAGUGGGGGCACCAGUGUCUAGGGAAAUUAUUGCAG